GCACGCACUCACUGCCGCACUGGACAGUCACGUGACGCGCAAACGGACGUUAUGGAGCUCUCUCGCUGUCAAACUUUAACACGAUUUCACUGUUAGCCUGCAAAAGUGAUGGACGGAAUGGGAUUUUCGACGGUUUCCGAUCUCCAGUGAUAUGUCAGUUGCAUCUAUGUAUCUGUUAUUUUGUAGCUAAAGCCCUGCGUCAUGUCUGUGGAUGGCCCCCGGACGUCUGUUUUCACCUUUCAGUCCGCUGUUCACAGCCAUCACGUUCUCCGCUCGCUGGAGGAGCUGAGAGAGAAGGAGCUCUUGUGCGAUGUGACCGUUGAAGUGGAGCGCAGGAGCUUUCGGGCGCACUCUUCAGUGCUGGCUUCCUGCAGCGGCUAUUUUUACACCAGACUGACAAACCACAGUCAAGCGAACCUCACCGUCAGGUUACCGGAUGAGGUCACGGUGGAAGGAUUUGAGCCUCUCCUGCAGUUUGCCUACACUGCAAAACUUCACUUCACCAAAGAAAACAUCCUGGAGAUCCACAGAUGUGCCCAAUUCCUCGGAUUUCAAAACCUCGAUAAAGCCUGCUUUGAGUUCCUCGUCCCAAAGUUAUCUGAUGGCGGUGGAGCCUCAAAAAAAGUGACGAGUAAAAGCAAGAACCAAGCGUCCCAUGACGAAUCACAAGCCAUCUGCAGUCCAAAUGGCCCAAACCCGGAAACUGAUGAAGAUUGUGUACCUCAAGAUGCAAGCGCUGCCAUGCAAGCUGCAUCUGUAACAUCCUCUGCAGAAAGUCCUAAAGAUUGUCCCCCGAUCUCGAAUGACAAAGAAAUGCAGUUAGAUUUGUCCCCGCUUUACACCAGAAGCACUUCAUACCACAUGGAUGAUGGACAGGAUCAGUUUUGCCUGCAGAACUGCGGCCCGCAGUUGCCUUCGUCUUCCUUGGCGGCCGCAGAAGUUUGUCCUUUCCUGUCUAUUUCGAGCACCAGUGACAAUGAGAAACUGCAUUCUUCUGCAGCUGACUGUGGUGGGGACAUUUUAGCAAUGGAGGACGAAUUCCAGAAGGAACUAGCGGUGGAUAUGCAUUGUGAACCGCCAACUGAUAAAGACCUGAACAUAGCCAGUAUCACCAAGGGCCACUUUGACCAAUGUGAAGGGCCUGUAAUGCCGUCCACCGACUGUACCCAACUAUGUCCUCUGAAUUCUGCGCAGUCAAGCGGGGUUUUGGACGGCAUUUCUGGCACUCCAGAUCUAAGCAACAUUGGCACUGAAGACAACCGGGUGUUUGAUUCCAACGAACAAACGUUCUCUGAACUGACCCCCAAAGAUUGCUGCACAGAACGAAGCAUGGAGGAAAGGGAAGUGGCUGAGCAUCUUGCAAAGGGUUUUUGGCCGGAUUUGAGCUCCACGUUAAAUGAGCAGCUACCUUUGGACUCCAUCGACCAGCCAUCUGCAGGAAAUGGCUCAGACUUCCACUGGUUAAAGCAUCUGGAUUUGGGAGCUGCGCCUGAUGAUUGUCCCUUCCUGAGAGACCUGAGCUCCAACAAUACACAGACGUCUGGAAGGGACACUCUGUCCAAAGAGGACACCGGAGACAGUCCCUGCAUGUCCCCCAUUAACUCAAGGGAAAACUCUGAGUGUGAAUCGGAUGGAGACUGCACGCAGUGCAGUAACAGUGAACAAGUGCAAGAGGUGGAUUUGCCAUUCCCUGUGGAGCAAAUUUCCAGCAUGACCCGGAGAGCAUUCCUGCAGAUGUUAAAACGCGAGGAACUGACCCCAGAACAGCUGGAGUUUGUUCAGGAUGUGAGACGGCGCAGUAAGAACCGCAUGGCUGCACAGCGCUGCCGCAAGAGAAAGUUGGACUGCAUCUACAGGCUGGAGGGAGAAAUCAAGAAACUGAGGAGUGUGAAGGAGAAAUUACUGCAAGAUCACAACCAGCUGAAGCUCAGCAUAGAGGAUGUACGUCAGAGCCUCUCAGGCCUUUGUCAGAGCCUCUGUAUGGACGCCUCGCCACAGUCGGAACAGGUGCAAGCAAUGGCCAGGUACGUCUCCUCCGACUGUCCCACCUCCGUCCUCCUCACCCCCAUGGCCUCUCCUAGCCUGGCUGGCCCAGACCAGGACACCCAUGGGAACUCCUCCCUGGACACCUUUCUUGCAGACACAUAUCCUGAAGGAGACACCGUAGCACUCAGGUUGCCUGCUGCCUUCCUGCAGGACAGCGUUCAGAGCACUGUUACAGAUCCAGCUCCAUGAUGUUCAACAGAGCAAAGCAGCUUGGGAAUGGUCUGAUAUUUCACUUUUACUCAGGAGCUUACCUUUCUGCUUACACUUUUGAGCAUGACUUUCUUAUUAGGAGCACUUUCGUAAUGUUUCCAAGUAUGGACGUUGACUAAAUUUGCACUAUUAAUAGUAGUUUCAUAUGGAAAUGCUAUGUUGAUGCUUACGGAUAUUUUCCUUUUUUUUUAUUCCUUGUUUAACUGUUGCGCCAUAGAGGUCAUUCCUGUUAUGUCACACAUUUUGAACUCUGAAACUUAAAAAAAAAAAAAAAAAAAAAAAACUACGAACAUGCUUGUGUUGUAAUUAAGUAUUUCAGAAAUAUGUUCUGCUAAGCUCCGGCUCUUAAAGUGUUAAUUACAUAAUUGUAAAUAAUUGUUUAAUUACAGACUGAUAAUUAUCUCGUUAUUUUUGAUAUUUUUAACCAUGUUUUGAUAUGUUGAUUCUAUCAUACCCAUUUUCUUUUUUUUAAAUCUUGUCCAACAGGGAUGAAUAUUUUAAAAACAAACUAAUAGCACAAGACAUCAAAUAAUUAUUUUUUUUAAUAAUUAUUUAUUAUUUUUAAAAGCACUUGGAAUAUUUCUUAAUAAAUGGACUUUUUAUGCUUUUUAGUGCAUUAAUUGUAAUAUUGUCAUGAAAGAAAACUAAUAUGACUUUAAUUUGCAGCAAUUGUCAAUUUUAUAUUUUUAUUCAAAUAUAGACUUGUAUAUAUACAUUAUACUGAAAAUGUACUACAUAACAGGAAUGACCCUUGGAUUAAUUUCCAGUCCUAGCAUUAACGUCAUGUAAACUGCCACGAAGGACAAUCAUUGUAACUCUUUAUUAUGUCAAGGGAUGAUUUUGUUAUGCUGUGUAGAUCAUAUGAAGAAGUACAUUCCAGUGUAGCCUAAUACGUCUUUGCAUUACCGGCAUGAAUUACCGUCUUUUUUUUUUUUUAAAGGGGUCAUAUGAUGCUUUUUUAGCCACGAAUGGUUAAGACAGCUGACUCCACUGUGUGACCCUGUCUCUCUCUCUCUCUCUCUCUCUCUCUGUCUCUCACACACACACACACACACAUACACACACGACGCGACACGACACGCAAAAGUCAGCAUUUGAACAUUCAAUAGCAACUACUGAAACAAAUAACAAAACAUACUUCCAGUGGCUGAUUCAGAGACAUCAGAUUGUCAUAGCAAAGUCAGAAUGACCUCCUAGGUUCACGAAACAGUCGUCCAUAAAAUGCAUUGCUGUUCUGUUGUAAGUAAUCUCAAAGGUUCCUAAAUACAUCUACUUUCGGAAGGCCAGAUAAAGUGCUAGCUUCACACAGCAUCUCCGGGACUUAGCUGCUUCAACACAAACUUUCUUUCUUUGCGUGAACAUUUGGGCCGCAUUACACACAUGUUUCCACAUAAUGACAUAGAUAUGUGGGGGUGUGUUUGAAUGAGCAGUUUUAGGGGCGUGGCAGAUUCUUAACUUUGAUAAAGAAUAUCUCUUUGGAUUUGAGACUUUAGUCUUUGCAACUUUACAGAUCUUCUUCAUGCACCAAGAGCUUGGAGAGCACUCCAAAGAGAGAAAAAAUACAUUGAAAUAGCAUCAUAUGACCCCUUGAAGUAUUAAUAUAUGCAUAGGUCAUAGUUAUAGUGACAUUUAAAUAACUGCCAAGUAAGAUUUCAUGUAGUGUUAGGCGAUAUGGUCAUUUUUCUAAGCGUCUUAUCAUGUAUAUCAUUAUGAAAAAUACAUUGAAUCCAUAGGCUUUCUAAGGUAAAACAAAAAAUCAAAUGUGAACAUUUAGAUACUGUUCACUUUUUGCUUGCGAAUGUGGAAUGUGUUUGGAAAAAGAUCAAUUUCAAGGUCAACAUAAAUCAGAAUUGAUCGUAUUUCCAUUCUUAAAACAUGUUUCUGGUCUUAUUGUGCAUGAUUCUUCAUUACACUUUAUUACAAUGAAAUGUUGUCUAGUAUUAUUUCAUCAAAAUGUAAUUUAAAAUGUAAUCUUCUGAAAUGACUUUCCUUUUCAACUGAUGUCAUCAAGGCCAUGCAGUCUGUUGGCUAUUGGAACACAAAUAGAGAUUAAGGCAUUGUUUUAUUUUAACUCUUGUUGUGGUACUUUUCAUUAGUUUCUAACUUACUUUUUUCUAGCAAAAUAGCUCAGAAAAUACAUCAUAUUAUGGAAGUAAAAUGGGCUGCAAAUGCUUAGAGAAACUAAUGUUUAUUCCAGUACAAUUUUCAUAGCAUCAAUGUAACAUCAAUGGACUGUUCUUUUCUUACCUUUUCCUGCCUUUUGUUGUUGUUGUUGUU